AUGGGCAUUCUCUCAGACCUGAAGCUGCCGGUGGGCGUCAUCUACGGCGAUGAUGUGCUUAAGCUGUUUCAGUAUGCACAGGUCCACGGCUUUGCCAUCCCCGCCAUCAAUGUGACAUCGUCGUCCACCGUUGUGGCUGCGCUCGAGGCUGCUCGCGACGCAAAAUCUCCCAUCAUCAUGCAGUUCUCCAACGGCGGUGCUGCCUUCUUUGCCGGUAAGGGCAUCACCAACAGCAAGGAGAAGCAGGAAGCUUCGGUUGGUGGCGCCAUUGCGGCUGCCCACUUCAUCCGCUCCGUUGCCCCUCUUUACGAGAUCCCAAUCGUCCUUCACACCGACCACUGCGCCAAGAAGCUGCUCCCAUGGCUCGACGGCAUGUAUGACGCGGACGAGGCCUUCUUCAAGGAGCACGGCCACCCUCUGUUCAGCAGCCACAUGAUCGACCUGUCGGAGGAGCCGCUGAAGGAGAACGUUGAGAUCACGGCCAGCUACUUCAAGCGUGCCAAGCCCUGGAAGCAGUGGCUCGAGAUGGAGGUUGGCCUGACUGGUGGUGAGGAGGACGGUGUCAACAACGAGAACGUCGAUAACGCUUCCCUGUACACCCAGCCGGAGGACAUCUGGGAGAUCCAGAAGACUCUGAGUGCCAUCUCACCAUACUUCAGCAUUGCUGCCGCCUUUGGCAACGUUCACGGUGUCUACCACCCGGGCAACGUGCGUCUGCACCCCGAGCUUCUGGGCAAGCACCAGGCAUAUGUCUCGGAGAAGCUCCAGGACAAGUCCGGCAAGCCCGUCUUUUUCGUCUUCCACGGCGGCUCUGGCUCGUCCAAGGCCGAGUUCGCCGAGGCCAUCUCUCACGGUGUGGUCAAGGUCAACCUCGACACCGACAUGCAGUGGGCGUACCUGUCUGGUCACCGUGACUUCAUUGUCAAGAACAUUGAAUAUCUUAAGACCCAGGUCGGCAACCCCGAGGGCGUUGACAAGCCUAACAAGAAGAAGUACGACCCGCGCGUCUGGGUGCGUGAGGGCGAGAAGACGAUGAAGGCCAGAGUCACUGAGGCCCUGCAGGACUUUGGUGCUGCUGGUCAGCUGUAA